CACUGAUUUUCUUCUCUCCUUCUGAUCCAUCAGGCCUGUCAGUUCGCUCGAAAUACGCCACAAAGAAUCCGUUCGUCGAGUCCUCGAGGCCGUUCGCACGCACAAGCGCCUUGGCCUGCUCAGCCGUCAGGCCUGCAACCUCGAGCCCACGGCGUGGCCACGACGUAAGAGCGGGCUUCAGUACAAACGGACGCGCCGCACGAAUGUUCUCUUCUGAUUUAAGCGCUGCCGCGACAACCUCCUCGUCUUCCUUCUGGAAAAUGGAGCAGGUCGAGUACACGACACGCUCGACCUGUGGAAACGAAAAUGCUUUACGUAGCGCCUCUAGCUGGAAAUCUGCAAGUGAUUGCAAGCGUUUCGCCGUGUCCUCCUCGUAUUCCGCGCCAUGAUCGGGUUCCAGUACCGUAUCAUGUGAACUGGCAAUAUCCAGCAAGUGAUCCAGACGGUUUGUCAUGCCUGAACCAGAGCAAGACGGGUCCAGUAAGAUGCUGCGGACGUUGCGGUACAUUUCACCGUCCACAGGCACCUCCAAAAAGCUCUGGAGCUCGGCCUGUACUCUAGUAGCAGCACCUGCAAGCUUCAUUCGACGCUUCAGCAACUCCAGUCGCUUGGGUGAUCGAUCGAAUGCAAAUACUCGUCGCUUGGGGAUCGUGCCGUCCCCUCCGUCGCUAUCCUGUUGCUGCAGCAGCAUCGCCAGAUGACUGGUCUUGUUACCAGGCGCGGCACAUGCGUCGAUCACGUCGCCCUGCUUGUCCCUAGGGUCGGCGUGCUCUCCAUGUAGCACAAAGGCCGGGAAGCAACUGGCCUUAUCCUGUAGAACCAGUUUACCACUCUUGACCAUCUCAUGUUCGUGUAGCUCCGUGCCUGACGGUAGCACGAGCAGGUCGCGCACAUCUCGGUCUUGUUUGGCGUCGUACUCGCGCGUGAAGGCCUCAACCUCUUCGGGUAAAGCCAGCAGCGUGUUGACACGCACAUAACGAGGUAGUGCAAGGUGCUGCUGGCGGUUCUCGGGCGGUAGGAGCGCCUCAUUGGACGCCACCUUGCGCUUGAUCUUGAGUCUCGCCAGAGCCGCGCGGAAGCUCGUCUGGUGCUGCAUUAGCGCCUUCUUAACGUAGCCACCGCCCUGGAUUUUUUUACGGCCAAACAGAAGGUCAUAAAGCGCCACGAACACGAGCGCAAGCGGCUCCUUGGCGUUCUUGGGCGUCUUCAGCGCCUUGUGGCACUCAGGCACUGCCGCAAGGAGCUCUCUCAGCAGCGGUUUAUAGCGCAGCGUCUCGCACACCAGCGCAAAUGAGCUGCGCUUGUGCACUGUGGAAUCUGCAUACGCUAGACUCUUGAGGCCGCCCUGACGCUUUUCCAGCUUCGCCAGUAGAGCUGCGGCCUCUUUAUACAGCUCGCUCAUGGCCGGCAGGUGAUGCGUGUCAAGUGAAAAGAUGACUGGCCCAGGGCGAAAUUUGAGGUUUGAAUUGCGAAAUUUUCAAGUUUCAUUCAUCAGACUAUGCGACGGGCCCAAAGCACAAAAUUUGUCCAUUUAAUGGAGCUCAAAAUGUCUUCUUAGUGGGAGCCGUUGGGGAAGACUACUAUCGUUGAGCGGUGACCAUACUCAAACAAGUGCUGAGGUAGUCUUCUCUGCAACUGGGCCCCGUGGGGAAUUUCAUCUCACCAACGCUUCAAUCCUACCAGGAUUCCUGGUGAACGUGACGGACGCAGUUACACGCGCGACCCACUGAAACGAGGCGUUCAGCUGCCACGUUUAAUAAAGCUCAACAUGCGGCGAGAUCUUCCUUUAUCUGCCUGAUGCUCGUCUGUCUUGCCCAAGGGAACUGCUAACUUACAUGUUAGCUUCGUAGCUUUGAUGAUGUCGCACUGUGAAAGGAAGAAGAGUGCGUUGAGCAUUUCAGCGCUGGUGUCUCCUCGUUCAUGGAUUAAUUCUAUCGGUUGAUUUAGUGGUCAGUUGUUAAACGACUCGUUUGCCGAGGACGCCAAAAUAGUUCGGCCGCUUCUUCGAUCACUUCCGAAGCUGCAGCCAUGCUGUCAAGUCUCAACAAACGCAGCCAAACGCGAUGGACAAUUUGUGCUGCAGAGUCUCAAGCGGUGCGUGUUGCCGACGAGUGGCCUGAUGAAGAAGUUGUCGCCAACGACGUUUCCGCCGUCGCGCUAGUUAUCUCGAACCCAGGGCCCGUGGAUCACUCUCCGCAGUACAUGGCGGCGCUAGAAAAGGAGAUUACCCAGGCAACCAUACAAGCCGAAGCGCUCGCUACACACAAGCGCCGGCGACGCGUCCGACGGGUGUCCAAGAACUGCCGUACGCUGAGCAAGUUUGGCCCUGCAAAUCGGCAUUUCAGACGCGUGCAGAGUUCGAAGCCCGCCGCGAACCAGACUGAGACUCGGCGCGAGAUCUUAGCGAGGCAAGAGAUGCAGCGUAUGCGCCAGCAAGUCUUGGUUCUCGAAAGACGACAGGCGUUGCUCUCAGCACUGCACCUCGCGCGUCGUGCGAAUGCCAUGCAACUCGUAGCGGAUAAAGUGCACUCAUACUACCGCAGCUUCUCGCACGGAUACGACCCAACCCGCAGCAAUGCGUGGGAGGUUGAGGCACUGCUGCGAAGCAUGAUGCUACCGGACGUGCAAUCUCCUGCGUUCCGCGACCUGGACACGUUCCUGAUGCAAUGGCACAACUAUUCGCGCUAUCACGCGGAGAUUACACUUCAUUGUGAACAGAUCCAGCCACUGGAGAGCGACGAUCCGGACGUGUAUCCUGUCCAAUGCAUUGGACGCAGCACCCUGCGAAUCUCACGUGACACCAUCAAACAUUUCUUCCAGCCGCUCCUGGCCGACGAAGAAAUGGUACAACGUCUUGUCGGCAAGACCUACGACUUCCCGUUCGUAUCGCGAUUCCACUUCAACUCGGCCGGUCGGGUGUUUAAUGUGGAGCCCCGCGCUGAGCUGGCGGCUGGUCUUUUAGACCUCGUCGUGGAUCCGUUCUCUACUGUACGCAUGCUCGGUGCCUCCAAAUUGACUGAUGAUGGUUGUCUGCACGCCUACUCGAAUCAAGAUGCAGCAGGUGCCUCAUCUACACCUGCUGUCGACGUUCUAUGAUGCUGUUUCUACCAUCACUGUAUGAAACUUUAAAACUUGUUUUUUCAAUUAAAAUCAAAGAAAAAAAAAGAGAUUCCGGUAACAUGAAGCUUUCUCUGAAACUCGCUGGAAAAAAAACCAAAGCAAGAUAAGGAGUUUACACCACGUAUCCUUCGCCAUCAUCAUCACCAUCAUCACCGCAG